AUGGCCGCAGUAUUGUUGCUUCCCGUUAUCGAUGAAGACUCUGGUCUUCGUAAGUUGGAAUUCAUAUUUCAAAUUGAUAAUAGUAUAAGGUUGUUCAUUACGUUCUGUCCUUUUAUUCUACUUCCCGAUAAUUGGACGAUGCUCUCCUAUUUCAAGUCAAGUGUCCAGUACAAACGGCUGCACGCGGACACAAACACGUCAAUUGAAAUCCUCCAAGAUGGAGACUCGUCGCCGAUUUUGAUUGAGAAGGACUUGCGAACUUCACGGCGAAACUGGAUUACUAGACCGCGAACCAUCUACUUGCUCAUAAUCGCCCUUGUUUCGCUCAGCAUUAUUUCCAUCUGGGCUACAUCUAUCAAAUUCAAAAUACAAGCACAAAAUCGACCCCGGAUCAUUCAUUGCGGCAACACUCCAGCAGAGGCACGCGCACUCGGUUGCAAGUUUGAAGUGCAUAACUUUGCCUGGGUACCGCCAGACUGCUUCGAUGACCAGCUAGCAGCUGAGUGGGAUGCAGAUCCUAGCUGGGCUUUUUCGCGGAGCAUGACUGCCCAGCCAGAGAUCUCACCACCGGAUUUAUAUACUAGGGAGGAGGGAGUGAGUGGGGAUCUGGAGUACGCAAUAGUACCUUGGAGGCAGCACGUCGCACACUGUGCAUUCAUUAUGCGGAAGUAUCAGAGAUCAGUCAUGAUGAAUCGGCCGAUGGACAAUUGGACGUACAGCUACCACCACACGAGCCACUGCGCAGACAACUUCUUGAGAUGGGACAUCGAUCCGUGGAAUUAUAACAGCGUGCUCCAUCUCAAGUUCCCUGAAUGUGAUUAUCGCUGGCAGAAUGAGGGAGCGGAAGAGUUACACGCAUAG